AUGUUCCUUGUGUACGAGCAUGUGUCUCGUGGAAGCCUUGACCGCUAUUUGGACUCCCCUCAUCUCACGUGGUCACAACGUCUCAAGAUAUGUUUGGAUGCCGCAAAGGCGCUAAGGUACCUUCAUGAUCAAAAGGAGAGACACCAAAGACUUAUUCACUGUGAUGUAAAAAGUGCCAACAUCCUACUUGAUGACCAAUGGAAUGCUAAAGUUUCUAACGUUGGAUUAUCAAUAAUGGGCCCCACUAAUGAACAUAGCUCUGUUACUGUCACAGUUGUAGCAAGUACCCCUGGGUACUGUGAUCCACAGUAUGCGAUGACACACACCCUAACGAAAAAGUCCGAUGUAUACUCUUUUGGUGUGGUCUUAUUUGAAGUUUUAUGUGGGAGAUUAUGCUAUACGCUUGAUAGCAAGGAUCAUGUUAACGAGAUCUUAGUGACCACGUGGGUUAAGAGCUAUGAAUAG